AUGGCAACAGAAGACUGGAGGAAAAUAGAUAUUGAUGCAUUAGAGCCAGAAUAUCACUUAUCAGCAGCCGAACUCGUGCCCGACUUGCCCCAAGUAUCGCAAUCACAAGUAUCAUCAGUCGCCCAACAAGUAAGGUCGCAAUUAUCAUCGGGUCAAUUCCAACAAGCCCUCGAAUUAGCAUUGGACAAUGCACCUUACAUUGCCGAUCUGCCUCAAACUAAAGAAUUACAUGCCAAGACUGUAUUUGAAAUCUUGUGCUCGAUUAAAAAUAACAACAAUAUAUCGGAAUUGGGCCAAUUUGUGAAAAACUUGAAUCAAGAGCAACAGGAUACAUUGAUCAAGUAUUUGUACAAGAGUAUGUCGGAACCUUAUGGGCAAAAACAAGGGGGGUUGUUGUUGAAUUGGUUUGAAAAGACGGUUGAAGUUACUGGUGUGGGUGCUAUUGCAAGGUACUCUACCGAUAGAAGAACUGUAUAG